CGCCCAAUGGCGGCGGCGCGCGGAGGCGGCGCAGCCAACGGGAGCGCGCGCGGCCUUCAGCGUCCCGCGCUGCCCUCGCGCCGCUGCGGGCGGCCGCGGCGGCUCCUUCCGCCCGGGGCGGCGGCGAGGCCGGGCAGGGCCGGCGGGCGGCAGACAUGGCCAUGUCCAGUUCCCUUCUGUGGGCUGUUGACAUUUUUGGAAGGGUUUACACUCUAUCUACUGCUGGCCAGUACUGGGAGCUCUGUAAGGAUACGCAGCUGGAAUUCAAGCGGGUCUCUGCGGUCAAGCACUGCUGCUGGGGAAUAGCCUGUGAUCAUCAAGUAUACACCUACGUGUUCUCAGGUGACGUUCCCAUUAGAUACCAGGAAGAAACCUAUGAGAAUCAGCGCUGGAAUCCAAUUGGUGGCUUUUGUGAGAAAUUAAUGCCCAGCGACCGCUGGCAGUGGAGUGAUGUGAGCGGGCUAAAACAUCAGCAGCUUGAUAGUUUCACACUGCCUUCACCACACUGGGAGUGGGAGUCUGACUGGUAUGUGGAUGAAAAUAUUGGAGGGGAACCAACAGAGAAAGGGGGUUGGACUUAUGCCAUAGACUUCCCCAGCACCUACACAAAGGAUAAGAAAUGGAAUUCUUGUGUCCGACGCAGGAGGUGGAUCAGAUACAGGAGAUACAAAUCACGGGACGUUUGGGCAAAGAUUACAUCACAUGAUGAUCCAGAUCAGUUACCAGACCCUUUCAAUGAUAUCUCCAUUGGAGGAUGGGAAAUCACUGAUGAGCCUGUUGGUCGUUUAUCAGUAUGGGCGGUUUCUUUACAAGGAAGGGUAUGGUACAGAGAAAAUGUUUGCCAUCACAAUCCAGAAGGUUCUACGUGGUCCUUGGUCGCCACUCCUGGCGAAGUUGUACAGAUCAGCUGUGGACCAUAUGACCUCCUUUGGGCAACUCUUUGGGAAGGACAAGCUAUUGUGAGAGAAGGAAUUGACAGGAAUAACCCUCAAGGAAUUUCCUGGAGUAUCGUGGAAUCACCAAGCUCUGAAAAUGGGAUUAUGCACAUCUCUGUGGGUGUUGAUGUGGUGUGGAGUGUAACAAAAGACAGAAAAGUGUGGUUUAGAAGAGGUGUGAACUCACAUAAUCCUUGUGGAACAAGCUGGAUUGAAAUGGUUGGAGAAAUGAUGAUGGUAAAUGUAGGCUUAAAUAACCAGGUCUGGGGAAUUGGCUGCGAUGAUAGAGCAAUUUACUUCCGUCAAGGUGUCACGCCAAGUGAGCUCAGUGGGAAGACAUGGAAGGCAAUUGUAUCUGGCAGGGAGAAUGACAGAUCUCAGACUGGGAGCUCAACAAGUCUGCUCAGUGCUGGCUGUUUCUUUACUGAUGAUAUUCAGAACCAAACAAAUGCUAUCAUUCAUGGUGAUGCAGAUACUUCCUCUGAUACAGAGCUUCCAAGCGUAUCUGUGGACCUUGCCAACACUCCCCCGUUGGGAGCUGCAGCCAGCAACAGUGGUAAUGGUGCAGGCAACCAGACAGCAGAAAUAAGUGCAAAUUUGACUGUGGAUUCCCUGGAUUCUGAUCAAGGAGAAGCCAGUGUUGCUUCGACUAGUAAUGAGAAAGCUUAUCUUGAAAAACAUAAAUCUUCUACCAACCAGAAUCCUUCUGCAGAACUGCAGUGGACAAACAUUGACUUAAAGGAGGCCCAAAAGCACCCAGUCCUCUCCGUCAGCACCUUUGCGGAAACAUCCAGCCUGUCUUCCCUGGGCAUGUUCUCUGUGGGAGCUGAAGAACAGUAUGGAGCUGAUGAACACCCGCUGUGGGCCUGGGUGUCGGGGGGAGGCUGUCUCGUGGACUCACACAGCCUGUUGAAAUGGUUCACUGUUCCAUCAGGUUUGACAUCCUCUGUGCAGUCUCUUUCUCUGUCUAUCACCCCAGCACAGACAGCAGCGUGGCGAAAGCAGAUUUUUCAGCAGCUCAGCGAAAGGACAAAGCGGGAACUAGAGAAUUUUAGGCACUAUGAACAGGCUAUUGAGCAGUCAGUUUGGGUUAAAACUGGGACUUUGCAAUGGUGGAGAAAUUGGAAGCCUCAUAAAUGGAUGGAUGUUCGAGUUGCACUUGAACAGUUCACUGGGAGUGACGGAAUGCGAGAUAGCAUCCUGUUCAUCUAUUACAUGUAUCAUGAGGAGAAAAAGUAUAUCCAUGUGUUCCUGAAUGAAGUCACUAUUCUAGUUGAAGUUCUGAAUGAAGCCAAACACUCCUUUGCCCUGUAUACACCUGAAAGGACGAAGCAGCGAUGGCCAAUCCGUCUAGCAGCCGCAACAGAGCAAGAAAUGCAUGACUGGCUGGCUUUGCUGAGCAUGUCCUGUUGCGAAAGCAGACGGAUUCAAGGCCCUCCUUCCCACCAUGCCAUUUGGUCAGUUACUUGUAAAGGAGACAUCUUUGUCAGUGAGCCAAGUCCUGAACUGGAGGCUGGACCACACCUGAUGCCGUGUGAUCAAAUGUUUUGGCGUCAAGUUGGAGGUCAUCUUCGAACGAUAGAGUGCAAUAACCGAGGCGUAGUGUGGGGCAUAGGAUAUGAUCACACAGCCUGGGUUUACACUGGUGGAUAUGGAGGUGGCUUCAUUCAAGGACUGGCCAGUAGUGCUGAUAAUAUUUAUACACAGUCAGAUGUGAAAUGCGUUUAUAUCUAUGAGAACCAACGGUGGAAUCCAGUCACUGGAUAUAGCAGCAGAGGUCUGCCCACAGACAGAUACAUGUGGAGUGAUGCAUCUGGCCUGCAGGAAUGUACAAAAAUGAAUACGAAGCCUCCUUCACCGCAGUGGUCUUGGGUAUCCGACUGGUAUAUUGAUUUUAAUACAUCAGGUGGAACUGAUCGUGAAGGCUGGCAGUAUGCAGCAGACUUUCCAGCGUCCUACCAUGGUCACAAGACAAUGAAAGACUUUGUCCGACGGAGGCGCUGGGCAAGAAAAUGUAAGAUAGUCACCAACGGGCCCUGGCUGGAAGUGCCUCCUGUUACCCUGUGGGACAUCUCCAUAAUUCCCAGUUCAGAUGCAGAUGAUGAAGAAUCAGUAGCACUGUGGGCAAUCAGUGACAAAGGAGACGUGCUCUGCAGGCUUGGAGUGACACAGCAAAAUCCAGCUGGAACAUCCUGGCUUCAUGUGGGAACAGAUCAGCCCUUCAUAUCCGUCUCAAUUGGAGCAUUUUACCAAGUGUGGGCUAUUGCUAGAGAUGGUUCUGCAUUCUAUCGAGGUUCUGUGUCUCCAAAGAAACCUGCAGGUGACUGUUGGUACCAUAUUCCUUCACCUCAGAAACAAAAGUUAAAACAAGUCUCAGUAGGACGAACUUCUGUAUUCGUGUUGGAUAAAAAUGGCAAUCUCUGGUAUCGGCAAGGUAUCACACCAAGCUACCCUCAGGGAUCUACUUGGGAUCAUGUUUCAAAUAAUAUCCGUAAAAUGUCUGUAGGGCCUCUGGACCAGGUCUGGGUGAUAGCUGACAAGGUGCAAGGAAGCCACAGUUUGAGCUGUGGGACAGUCUGCCAUCGGACAGGUGUUCAGCCCUUGGAACCUAAAGGGCUCGCAUGGGAUUAUGGUAUUGGGGGUGGAUGGGAGCACAUUACAGUCAGAGGAAAUGCAACUGAAGCACCUAGGGUCAUUACACAUGAUACUUCUGAGGAAGACCCUGCAAGAUCAAUGGAUUUAGAAGAUGAGGAGAGUAAAGGGAAAACAGAACAUUCUAAAACCGCCCCUUUGAUGGUCACUGAAGAACAAGAAUUGGACAGAAGUGCUGUUAAUUGUUAAGUUCUCACUGUCUACAUCUUGCAAGCAAACGGUAGUCAGUAUAAUUUAAAAAAGAAACAAACCCUAAAUGUGUACUGCCUGGAAAGAAAAAGACAACCCUUUUGUGCUACUAAUGUAUUUUAUAUUAGAACUGGAAUUUGUAAUGGGGUAAUUUAAAUAGUGAUUUCCUCUACCACAUCACUAGUAAAAUGUGACUUGAUACAACUGCUAGUUUUGUCAAAGCAGGCAGGCAUUGUAGCCACAAUGUGUUUCUGACCCUUUACCAUAGCUGCUACAAAACUAUAUGAAUGUGAAGGUCUUUGCAGAUGCUCGCUACAUUUAUUUUAUUCUUUAUGAAUAUUAUAAUUCCCUUUACUACAUUUCUCACAUACUCAGGCAUCUUGAACACUAUACUUUACAUUUGUCUUUGAGCAGGAAUGAAGAUUUUAAGAGUCAUUUCAAUAUAACUGAACUACAGGAAGUUCCAGUGAUUUGCCCAGCAAAUGUAACUGGUCCUGAUUGUACAAACAUCCAUGCACUUUGCUCACGUAAGUCCUGCUCAUAUAAGCACGUAAUUUUGUCAUGCUGUUUUUACUUACCUCAAUAAAAUUACAUGCAUGCAUAUACACACAAACUUCUGUACGGCUCAGCUUAGGGUGCAGUUACCAGUAAGGGCCAGCUUCUGCUGCCUUUGCUCACAGUGAGUGGUAUCUUACUCAGCAAAUGGAACCACUGGUUUCAGUGGGACUGUGCAGGGAGUAUGGUCCUAUUCCAUUGGAAUAAAAGGGACAGGGUCUCAUUCUAAAUUGUCAGAACAAAGGCAGAUAAAUCAUGUUUUUUCUCCCUCUUAACUGAAGCCCUUGAUAAUGAAGGUAUACAGAUGUCUAACUAAUGAAGUUGGAAGGGACCAAACACUUUUGAGGAAUUGGGCUAUGUUCCAGCUGAUUAAAAAUUAUGCUUUCAUAGAGUAAAAGACAAGAGGAGGUCUUAAAUAAGAUUCUGACAUCACAGUGGUAGGAAUGCAAAACUUCAUUGAUGUUAGUGGAGUUUUGCCAGGGUAUACUAACACAGGUUCAGAAUGGGGCUCCACUCUUUGGUUAUUAAGUGAUUUAUUUCAUCCCUUCUUCCAACGAGAAAUAACCUUUUAUUCUCAGAAAUGGUUUGUUUCUGUCUUGCUUAAAAAUUUUACUUACUGUGAUGUGAAAUUAUUCUUUAAAAUCCACUCAUUGAAAAGUGCUGGGAAAGCUUUCUCUCCCACUAGCUUCAGGAGGGUACCAAGUUUCUCCCUGGCAGUAGUUUACAAUUGUUUCUCCUGUGUGUGCGUGUGUGUGUGUGACUGUAUAUGAAGUUAUUUUUAUAUGACGAAUAGUGUGGUAUGGUCUCAAGUACUGUAUUUGUAGGAGUAAAACUAAUGUUUGCACGUACUUAAAGAAUAAUUUGUUAUUUUAAUGCCAAGGAAAGCACUGUUACCAAGUCCAAAUGUGAAUUAAGAUUCUUUAAGAUGCUUUACUGCUUAAAGAACCUGUUAAUUUUUUCAAUAUGUGAUUAUAGAUUCAUUUUAUAUACAUAAAUUGUUGCAAGUGUCAUAAAUAACAUUUAUGUUUGCAUUAAUACCCAUGAAUAGGUUUUGCAUAAUUCUUGCACAGCAUCUUGUCCAAAUAAAUACAAUAGCUUUAUCAUGUA